AUGAGUUGUGCUGAAUUCUGGCAGUCAAGUAGACUUGUAAGCGUCGCACCAUUCCUCAGGUUUUGGACGAGGAUUUGCUUGAUCUCAGUCUCAGAAAUUGGGCUGGACAUCGGAUAG